UCCUCUUUUUUUUCAACAUAUUUUUAACAAUUAGAACUUGGGUUAAAUUUUAAUUUCUCAAGAAAACCCUAAAUUCUAUCACAUCUUCCUCUCCAAAGCUGCCUACUGCCGAAGCUCUCGAGGUAACUUUGUCUUUUAUCCAUUUCUCAACUUUUUGUUGUUGCCCAAAUUUACACUUGAUUGGAAUGCAAUGCCCUAUUUGCAUUUGAAUUUCCUUUUAUCUAUAUGUAUUUGGAUGUCCUUUGUUGUUAAAGCCCAAAUAAGAUGUUACAGAAUUUCUUAAACAAGUCAAUUUAUGUUGUCAAUCAUACGAGACAAUUAAGUGUCCUUGUAUGGAUUAUAAAUCAAACAGGAUAAUUAGGUGUCCUUGUAUGGACGAUUGGAGGUAAUUGUCAUUAGGGAUGGGCAUAAUACCGAUUGCACAUUUCUACAUUAGAGGCUGUAAAAGAGGUGAUGUUUCUAAUUAGGGUAGUACGAAAAAUGAAUUAGUUAAUUUUACCUAAUUCAACUGUGUAGGAUCCGGAUGAAAGAUUUAAUUAGGGGCAAAGGUGAAGAGCACUUAUCAAAAGUUGGGUUUAUUAAGAAAAUGGUUUCAAUGGACCAUCAAGCUAGUGGAGCUCUUGAACUGAAAAUAUCCAAUGUGGAUGAGGAAUCUUAUUCCCUAAGAUGUUGAUGAAACUGAUAUAUCAGAUCAUGUUGACCUUAUUACUCUUGAAAACAGUUUAUAGGGAUAGAGAAAGAACUGUUGCCAUGUACAAUGAAUUUCGCAGGAGAAUGUUGCAUUUCAAUGAUGGUGAAAUCACUUCUGAGGCAUGGCAUCUCAGUGAUGAGUCUCAAUAUAAAAAAUUGAAAAAAACUCGAUGUAGUGGACAACCUGGAUGGCUUGGGUCAGAUUAUUGGAAAGAACUUAUUGUAGUACUGGGCUCUCCGGAGUUUCAAAAGAAGAGCUCCCAGGCAAAGGCAACCCAGAAUUCUAAGAAAGGUGACUCAUUGCACACUUGUGAUUCGGUGUCCAUGGAGACAACUAAGAGUAGAUUGGAAGCAUCUCUUGGUAGAUCAACUACUCAUGAAGAGGUAGGGAAGAAGACCCAUAUGAAAAUUAGAAAUGGAAAAGAAGUCUGGCCGGGUCGAGACAUGGGCUGAUUAUACUUAUAAUCGAUAUGUUCAAGCAAUUGAAGAGCUCAAAUUGGCUAGUUGGAUAUAGUUGGAGGCAUGUAUAAGGGCAUACGACCUUUGCUCUGAGAAGAACUUUCACCACCUUCAGUGUGGAUUGCAAGGUAUAGGGAGUUCUGCCAUCAUGUCAGAUGAGCAGCUUGAUGAGAUGCGAUAGGAAGUUCAGGAGCUUGCUAGGAACUACGAGUAAUGAAAAAGAAGGAUGAAGAAGGAGCGACGUAGAACGACACUUGAGUCAGCUGAUCAAGAACUCAAGGCUUAAGUAAAUACCUUAAUCAAGCUUCCUCGUUCUCCGCCCCUUAGCGCUGAUGAUGGUGGUGGAGAGGAUGAGGAGGAUGGAAUAGAGUAUUAGGUGGUAUUGUUAUUUUAGUUCUAGAUUUUAUUAGUUUGUAGUGUUUGAAAGAAUUUGUGUUGGUGAUUGUUUGUGUACUUUUUUAAUACUUGAUUUGCAUAUUGUUUAAAUUGGAUGAAUAUGUAUGAAGUUUGGUUGCUUAAUUUUAAUGUUUGAAUUGUUUUGGAA